AUGUAUAACAACCGCUCCCAUCCGCUCCUCGAGCAGGUCCCCCUGACCGUCUCCCCCUUCAUCUCGCUCCCCGCCGCCACGACACUCUCAUACAAUUACAAGGCCAUGCCCUCGGCCCUGCCACCCUCCGCGACGGGAGUCCCAGCAGCCGUGACGGAUGACGCGGCAGCCGCGGCGGGGGGGAACAACGGCGGCGGCGGCGACGGAUCUUCCAACAACAAGCCCAAGUACGUCAUCUCGCAGUCCGGCCACGCCGCACACCCGGACGACAUCAUCGCCUCGUGCCGCGCGCUGCAGGCACACAUCACCAAGAUGCAGGAGGACGCCGAGCGCGACCUGCGCGCGCUCGAGACCAGGAUACAGGAGCGCGAGCUCGCCGAGAAGAGGAGGGUCGCGCCCGGGUGGCUGGACAGCGAGGCGCGCAUUCUGGAGCCUGAGAGGGCCGGCGGCGGAGGUUCCGAGGCCGAGGAGGCGGCGGCGGCAGCGGCGGCGGCGAGAGAGACAUCGGCCGUGGCGGGGACGAGCGAGAUGCCCUUGAACGACCAGGGGGCGGAGUUGGACCGCGUGUUUGGGGGUUUGAGCAUGAAAUAG